AUGGCAAUAGCAGAAGCUGAACGUCUGAUUUUAGGGUCGGAGUAUGAUGAUUAUACAGCUCCUGAUACCAAUCUUGCUGCAUUCUUCCGCAUAUCUGCUCUUAUUUAUUUUGCGAAUGGAUGCAGAUUUGUAGUCACGCAGAUGGAGAAAAGAAUAAGAAGAAUAACACUAGAAAGAAGAAUGAAGAUGGUGACCCGAGCUCUCAAACACCAUCCAUCACACUUACCAUGA